UCUCUGUUGACACUGAACCAUUGUUUUGUCUUGCUAAGAAAUUAGUAUGGACAAUAAGAAUACUUUUUCUACCAAACUUCAGAUUUGAAUGACGUAUGUGAAAUAAAUUACAUCUGGAGAACAAAUGUUAGAUGAUGAAAAUAAAUGUCUUUUACAUUUGGUGUUUUAUUGAAAGUGAUAAAUGAAUAGUAAAAACAAAUUGGUAACAAAAUUUGUUGCACAAGUGGUAAAUCUGAUGAUCCAUAUAUAUUAAAUACUAAAACUGUGUUGGGGCUUUUUCAAUUUCUUGGCACACUAUACAGAUUUUUUUUUCUAAUUCCAAUUAACCACAGAAUAUAUUGACAAAAUAUUAAAAAUCGUUCUGUGUUUUGUUUAUUCCAACAAUGCUAUCUGAAACGGGCACCAAAUUAUUAAAUGGAAAUUGUAUAUAAAAAAUGCUCUUACAUGAAAAGUUAAGUUAUUAAAAAUAUGAUAUCAAAAGCUCCUAAUGGACAGCUUAAUUAUGUUGGUUUAAUAUUUGUACAAGUAUAGUCAUUUAAAAGGUUAAAGAAAUUAGACGAUAUAUCAAUAAAUACAAGGAAACAAUAGAGGAUAUCUCGUCAUUGAUAAAAAUCCUUCUACAGCUUUCUAUGACAUGCUUAUUUACAUCAACAGUGAUCAAUGCAAGGACUAUGACAGACAAAUAAAAACCAAAGCAAAUCGGCCACAAAUUGAUUGGAAAUUCUUUCAAUUGGAAAAUAUUGUUGCUCUUAUCUAGAGUUAUUUGAUAAAUGUAAAAAUCGUCAUUUACCAACACUGACUCUCGACAUAUUGCUUAGUAAUCCCUCAAAUGAUUUUUGUACUUAACCAAAGUAAUACAAUUUCAUGUGAGCUUAACUUCAAAAACUUUCCUGAUCAGAUUGUCUUUUCUUAAUACGCAAUUUUAUAGAAAACAGGUGAAUCUAUUAUGGAUGAGAAAUCAUCAUAAUAAGGUUCAAAGGGUGAAAAAGUUACUAUAUAAUUGAAUACCUGUUGGAUAAUACAAAUAUUGAUUGUAUUGUGCUUUUUGAUAUUAUUUUAUAAAUCAGCAAUACUUGGAUACUAGCCACUGAGCAGGACAGACUAUGGUUACACCUGUUAUAUUCUUGUUAAUUAAUUUUGGAGUCUCUUUAUGUUACCUGUGUGAUGUGGAUUCUAGUUGUGAAUUAAAAUCUGAUAGAGAAUUAUGUAAAGAUAGUCAAAAUUGUAAAACUUACAGAACUUCUAAAAGUUCUCAUGGGUUUAAUGAUUCUAAUGGAUUGGAAUAUGAUAUUUACUCUAAAAAAGAUAAAUUUAAACUGCUGAAGGGAAGAAAUGGAGGUUUUUGUGACAAAUUAACAUCAUCCUCAUACAAUACUAGUAAUGCAAGGAAUUCUUCCUAUAAAGUAGAACUAGAAGUAGUGGGCAGGAAUGGUAACUUAAGUAUUGGUCUCUACUAUCCCAGUACAAGACAGUAUCAGGAAAUUUUUUCCAACUUAAACAUAUCAGUAUACUGGAGUCAAGUUGAGGAGUAUUUUGAACCAGCUUAUGAGAUUUUCCAGUUGGUUCUCCAUGCAUGUGUUAACAAUAAUAUAUCAUACAUUGGUUUGGAUAACAUAGAUCUAUUACAGCUAUCCAAAGAUGGGAAGUACACAAAAUCAUGCUCAGUGAAACAGUUUUCAUGUGGAGACAACUCAUGUAUUUCUAUUGAUAAAAUAUGUGACUUUAGACAAGACUGCUUAAAUGGACAGGAUGAGAGCAACAUUACAUGUGGUUCUUUGCCAUUAGAAUCAUAUUGCAACUUUGAUAGUCCUGAUUGGUGUGGCUGGCAUAAUGUAAAAAGUGGAGAUUUUAUCAAAGAUGAUUUGGACUGGAAGUGGCACAAUGGUUCAACUCCCACCCAAGAUACAGGUCCAACAGAGGACCACACAACAGGGAAUGGCCAUUAUAUGUAUAUGCAUUCAUCAGGUGGAACCUUUCUAGAAACCACAGUGUUGGAGAGCCCCAUAUUUGAUGCACCUAAUGAGAAACCAGGUCAAAAUUGUCAGGUACGCUUCCAUUACUAUAUGUAUGGGGGAUAUGUCAGCAAGUUAGUGUUAAAACUGGUACCAUUGAACAAUGACAAUUUACAGCCAUGUGAUGAGAAGAAUCGUGUUAUACUAUUUGACAAAUUUAAAGAUCAAGGACAAAAAUGGCAUUUUGCAGCAGUAGAUAUUAAAAACAUCACAAAAAGAUUUAAACUUCAUUUUAUUGGAUACAUAGGGUUCAGUAAACAAAGUGAUAUAGCUCUAGAUGACAUCUCACUCAGCCCUUCAUGUUUUGGUGGGAAGAAAGAUUUUAACAUUACAGUAACUCCAAAAUGUAUGGUAUCAGAAUGGUCAGACUGGACAGAGUCUGAUCUGAAAGGGGUCAGUUACAGAGUGGGAAACAUUACAAGACCAUCAAGGAAUGAGGAAUGUCCUAAACAUGGUCAGGUCCAAUAUGCUAAAGUGUACAGUUUUGGUUCCUGUGGUAAUCAUGGGCCUACUGGACCAACGCAAUUCAAAUGUGAUUCGGCCUACAAAUCUAGUUCAGUGAAAAUAAAGGUCAUCUCAAGUGGUACUUUAAAGGGAACUCAAGUAUGGACAGUUCCAGAAAAUGGAACAUAUGGAAUCAGUGCAGCUGGAGGUAGAGGAGGGACUGGCAUCAAUGCACCAAAUGUUUCAGGAGGAGGCUAUGUGGAGGGCAAAUUUAAUUUGACAGAAGGAGAGAAGAUUUAUAUUGUAGUAGGCCAACCCGGCUCUAAUGCAUGUUCUCAUCAGAGGAAUGGUGAAAUUAAGAAUGUUUGUCACAAAGGCCUACCAGCAAAUGAGGAGGAAUUCUUGAGAAGGCAUGGAUGGGGUGGAGGUGGUGGGGGAGGGGCCACUUUUGUGUUUAAGUAUGAUGACAAAGAUAAUGUUGUGCCAUUAAUUGUAGCUGGAGGAGGGGGAGGACAAGGUUACAGAAGUUCUGGAACACAGCAUAAAAAGAGAAUUCUAGAUACUUAUAAUACCAGUGGAAGUAAUGGAGUUACCUCCCAUUAUAGUUCAGGUGGCGGUGGUGGGUGGAAUGGAACAACCCUGUACCCUCAGGCAGGCUAUUCUCUUCUAGAAGGUGCUACUGGUGGACUUUCUUGUAAUGGCAGUUUUUCUGUGCAGACCCCUGGAGGAUUUGGAGGGGGUGGAGCUGCUUGUUUAUCUGGCGGUGGUGGUGGGGGAUUCACAGGUGGUGAUGCCAGCACUGAUGAUGACCCAUACAAAAGUGGUCAAGAUGGAUCUAAUUAUUUUCACCCAAUGAUUAAAGAUGAAAAUGUGAUUUCUCAUUUGUCAGCUAGAACAGAAGCUUUUGUUGAAAUCAACUUCCUGUUAAACUGUCCGUGUGAUUAUUGGUGUAAUAUAAGUGACUGGGAGAAGCCUGUGUUUGCCUGUCUGUGUCCUCCAGAACAAGUUUUGUCACCAGAUGGAUUCCACUGUGAAGAUAUGCACGUAACAUUACAGCCUGCAAUGAUGGAAGAAGUGUUUGAUAUGAGAUACAUAAUAGCCAUUGGAGUGUCUGUCACUGUUCUCUUCCUAAUUCUAGCUGCAGUCCUAAUAUGUCGUGUAAAUCAACAGAAAAAGAAACAGAAUGCCAAACUUGUAAGAAUGGAACUGAAUUCCACACCAACACGUGGCUAUGCCAUCAGGACAUCAACUGCUAAUGGUCUCCUUCCAAGUUCAUUUCUACAUUCUACAGGAAUAAUGGCAGAAUAUAAUCCAAACUAUGAAUUUGUUGUCGCCAACUGUCCAGAACAGAGGUUAAAUGAGAUAAACGCAAAUAAUUUAAGAUUAGUCAGAGCUCUAGGAAAUGGAGCCUUUGGUGAAGUUUAUAAAGGAUUUCUGUCUGGUGUACCUGAGGUCCAUGGAGAAUUACCUGUGGCAGUUAAGACUUUACCAGCACUUACUACAGAGCAAGCAGAGUUAGACUUUUUAAUGGAAGCUGUUAUAAUGAGUAAAUUUCAGCAUCCAAACAUUGUAAAGUUUAUUGGUGUGUGUUUUGAAUGUCAUCCACGGUAUAUUAUCCUGGAGUUAUUAGAAGGUGGAGAUUUAAAAACAUUCCUACGAGAAAUGAGACCAAAAUCAAUGAGUUUAAAGGGAACUAUGACACCAUCUUUGACAUGUAUAGACUUACUCAAGAUAGCCAUAGAUAUUGCCAAAGGUUGUCAACAUUUAGAAGAUAAACAUUUUAUCCACAGAGAUAUAGCUGCAAGAAACUGCCUAUUAACAUGUAAAGGACCAAACAGAAAAUGCAAGAUUGCAGAUUUUGGUAUGACAAAAGAUAUAUACAGGUCAGAUUAUUACAAAAAAGGCGGUAAAGCCAUGUUACCUAUCAAAUGGAUGCCUCCAGAAGCUUUUUUGGAUGGUAUUUUCUCUACAAAGACAGAUGUUUGGUCAUUUGGAAUUUUGUUGUGGGAAAUAUUUUCCAUGGGUUAUAUGCCUUACCCAGGAAGGACAAAUCAUGAUGUCAUGCAAUACGUUACAAGUGGUGGAAGGUUAGAAGCCCCUCAACAAUGUCCACCUGUCAUGUACCAGUUAAUGUCAAUUUGCUGGGCAGCCAUUCCAGAAACCAGACCAACAUUUUCUGAAUUAAUAGAAAGAUUACAAAGGGCCAAACAGAUGCCUGAAGUCAUAAAUGCUCAAAUCCCGACAUUUUAUCAGAUUCCCAAACUCCCUGUGUUAUCAGCAGAGUGUGUAGAACCUUUGGAAGAUUCUGACGAUGAAGAACAAUGUAAUCAAUGUGUACGAGACUCUGAAUCCAAGGAACCACUGCUGCCUCUUCAUGAAACCACGGAUGAAAACAUUGAAUCACAAUUUAUAUCAAGUUUUAAUGUGACUUUUGACCAUGACAAUUUAGGGUCAGAAGCUAGUGAAAAAUCUUUAUCAUCUCGAUCACGUGACUCUGAUUGGACCAAUCAAAGUCCAGUAUUAACAGAUGCCAAUAUACAGUGUAAUGUUAAUCUUGAAGAGGAUUGAUAUUUGUACUUGAAAAUAAUUUAAAACCAUGAAUACAACUACAACAUAUAAACGUGUGUAUUUCAAUGUGCACUCAAGAUAAUUCUUAAUACAUGAGUUGUAAACACAGCAACCAUCUUAUAUACUGGUGAUAAAAGAUACUUAUGUAACUUGAGAAGUUAUUAGUAUAAUGUGAGCAAUAUUGUUAAAUAUGAUGCAACUGAAGAUAGCUAGUGUUAAAUGAUAAACAGCAUGAUGGAUAUUUACAUAAUCCUCAGAAACAUGCUCAAUUUUCUUGCACAGGAUAUUGUUUUGUGUGACUGUUAAGUGGAAUAAGGUGGUGUAUAGAUUUCAACUACUUCAGUAUACCAUGCAUUUUUACAACUCUAUCCAAAAUAGUACAAUACAUAUGUGUCAACAUUGAGGAAAGGAUCACGGUAUAAAGCAGACCCUCUAGUUUUGGUAUUAUCCUUAAUCUCUAGUUCACUGUGAUAUGUGAGCUGCAUGCUGUCACUUAUAUGUUCUAUAUUUAGUGCAUGACAUCAUCAGUGUAUCAUGAAGUGAAAUUAAAAAAAUAAUCCAGUUCUUUUUUUUUUUUUACAUCGACAUUUUAUAAGAAUUCUACUUAAAAUGAGUAUUACAUUGUACCAACAAAUCUUUAAUUAAGGAUGAAAAACAUUUACGGUUGAAUGAGAUAACCCAUUUUAGUCCAGCUUCAGAGGGCGUUGGUGGCCAGGUGGUGUCAUAAGUCCAGCUACUGUAUCACUUGCCUGUCAACAAUGAGGUUGUAAAUAUGAGUCUGACACAUGACAGGCGUGUUACACUCGAACCUAAUUUUACUAGGAUUGUCAGUUAAAUCCUACCAAGGAUCAGUUGUUCUCUCUCAACACUUCAUCCUCCAGCAAUAAGAAACUGGCUGCCACACAAUAGGCAGCAGUUCUAAAACUGUUAAAUACCAAUUGAUCCAAGGGGGUGGGGGUGGGGUCAACUUCCUAUUAUUGGGUAUACAGGGAUGUGCCAAAAGUAUGAGUCAUAAUUUUGCGAGAUUUUAUAUAAAAAUGGCCUUCCUUUUUUAAUGACAUCCUAUAUUAAAAUGCAUUUACGUUAGAUAACUGUAUAAUGAUUUGGGGGUAUGAUCUACAUAUCAUAUAUAAAUAUGCUAUUGAGAA